GUUAUGCGGCUGCGCAGAGGGUGGUGGGCAGGGUUGCUCGAGCCCGUGGCCUGGUGGAAGUUUUGAGUGGUGCUGAAUCGUGGUGGAGAGUCGGAAGCAGAGAGUCACAGGAGCGCAGCGAGAAGCGAUUAUCCCGCCGAGCAACCGGAGGACACCCCCAUAAAGGCCUAGCCAAGAGCCGAGCGGGAGGCUCCCGUCCGGAAGGGGCGGCAGGAGUAGCAUCUCAGUGCUGGGGGGCCUUGUGACUGGCACCAUGCCGCGGAAAAAGCCUUUCAGCGUGAAACAGAAAAAGAAACAGCUGCAGGAGCGGCGGGAGAGAAAACGGCAGGGUUUACCCGAUGGUGUGAGGUCGAGCUCCCACAGCAGGAGCGGGAGCCAUGACCGCCACGAGGAGCAGACGGACACGUCGGACAGUGAAUCUUUCACAUUGCAGGUGCGGAAAAUCAAUCAGCAGCCGGCGCUGUGGAAAGCAGGAGAGCAGGGAUACGAUCCCAACAGGUUCCGGCUGCACUUAGAAAAAGAGAGCCGAGAGGAGAUCGAGCGAAGGAAGAAGGUCACGCAAGAGAAAAUCGUGGAGCUCAUCCCAGAAACUGAGCUGGAAGUAGACAUCGUUGACGUCUACAAGCCAGGGUCUGUGUUGGAUUUUCCAAAACGCUCUCCUUGGAACUACACAAUGACAAAGGAGCAGCUUCUGGUGCAGGAGGAGAAGGCGUUCCGUGAAUACUUGGAGAAGAUUUACAGCACAUUUGAUCCCGUGAAGCUCAGCUACUUCGAGCACAACUUGGAGACCUGGCGCCAGUUAUGGAGAGUCUUGGAGAUGUCCGACGUUGUACUGUUGAUCACAGACAUCAGGCACCCGGUAAUCCACUUUUCCCCGGCACUUUAUGACUAUGUAACCCAGGAAAUGAAGAGGAAUAUUAUACUGGUGUUGAAUAAGAUUGACCUCGCUCCACCCUCCCUAGUGGCAGCUUGGAAACAUUAUUUCCAGCAGAAGUUCCCUCAGCUCCACGUGCUCUGCUUCACGUCGUACCCGCGGGAGAAACCGGGUGAGACAGACCCAAGUGCUGUUUUUCAGAAGCGAAGGCGAAGGAGGCGGGUCAGGACAAUGGCCGUGGGGCCUAAGCAACUGCUUAAAGCCUGCGAGACCAUCACGCAGGGGAAAGUGGACUUGAGCAGUUGGAAAGAGAAGAUGGAUCGGGACGCAGCAAACACUCGGCAUGAAGAGCUGACUGACGAGGAGGACGAAGAUGAUGCUGUCCUGGUGGAGCAUCAGACGGAUUCUGCCAUGGAAAUGUGUGCACCGGUGGAUGAACUCUACAAGGAUGGCAUCCUCACUGUGGGCUGUGUGGGGUUUCCCAAUGUGGGCAAGUCAUCUCUCAUUAACGGCCUGGUGGGGAAGAAGGUGGUGAGCGUAUCCCGUACCCCGGGCCACACCAAGUAUUUCCAGACCUACUUCCUGACGCCCACCGUCAAGCUCUGCGACUGCCCGGGUCUCAUCUUCCCAUCGCUGGUGGACCGUCAGCAGCAGAUCCUUGCUGGAAUUUAUCCGAUAGCGCAGAUCCAGGAGCCGUACACCUCGGUUGGCUACCUGUCCGCGAGGAUUCCCGUACAGAAGCUGCUGAAGCUCAGGCACCCGAACGUGGAGGAGGACAGGCCCGGGGAGCAGGGCGAGGCCAAGUUCACGGCCUGGGACAUCUGCGAAGCCUGGGCAGAGAAGAGGGGCUACAAGACAGCUAAAGCUGCACGGAAUGAUGUGUUCCGGGCAGCUAACAGCAUCCUCCGACUAACUGUGGAUGGGCGUCUGUGUCUGUGCAUGAGACCCCCAGGCUACACCAUGCAGAAAGCGGACUGGCAGCAACACGCCGAGACACUGGAGAUUGCGGCUCUUCAGGAGGCGCACAGGCAGCAGAGCAAGCAGAGCUCCGAAGACGAGGACGAGAUCUCCAGCUCUGAUCAGGAGGAUGACGAGAAAGACCACGACGCAGAUGAAGAGGAGGAGGAGGAGGAUGAGGAAGAGGGAGGUGAAGGCGGGGAUGUGGGUAAAGGGCACAAGGGAGCUUUCCUCAGCAAGAACAAGUUCGCCCUUCUCCGAGACGAUGAGUGCUAACCUCUUGCUGCACCGGACCACGUGGUGCCGGGACUGUGGGACCGGGGACCUUUUUAAACUUAAAGAAAAACGAUGCAUGUGCAUCUUCCUACAGCAAGCAGCAUUGUCCCUGCUGUGUAUUACUUCAUUCCGGAGUGCAUUGAGGAGGCUCAUUCCAAACCUUACCGUUAAUGUAUUGUUUUAUUUCAAUAAAGCUUUAUUUACCUUA